AUGUCUGAAGACCAUUUAAAGUGGCCCUAUUUAAAAACUUAUUUCGAACAACAACUAUCAACAUCAGAUACAACUGAAAAAAAAUCAAAUUUUACAUUCAAAUGCAUGCUAUACAUGCCAAAAAUAAAAUUGAUAUCAACUUCUAUAAGUUCAAAUUCAAAUUUAAAAGCUCACAUCAAGCAUGUUCAUCCAAGUGAAUUAAUUACAUUUAAUGAGCUUGGAAAAAGGAAGUCGUACAAUAAUAAUAAUUGUACUCAACCCAAAAAACAGUUGAAAUUAUCGGAAGUAGGAAAAACUGUAAAAAAAUCUUAG